GCCGACCAGUCCACGGUUGAAACCAAACCUACGAAAGUCAUCUGGCAAAAAGUGAGGGUACGCAGAUAGAAAAUGAAUGGAUGAUGCUUAUUUUAAAAUCUUUUUUUUUUAAACAGUCCAAAUCUGUAUUUUAUUAAAAUUUGCACUUGUCACAUUGUUCUUUAUAGUUUUUCUUGUUAGCUUAAUUUUAAAGUACUAUUAGACCAAAACACUUUUUGAGACGAAAUUACAUUUAUGUGGAAAUAUCUUGACAGAUUAUUAGGCCACUCUGUUUGGUCGUUUUGUGUCAUUAUUUGGCGAUGUCAUUGACGAUUUUUUUGUUUUGAGCAUUAAUGUAUAUUAAACUGGUAACAAUACCAGCGACAAAAAAUGGCUUUGUCUCAACAAUGUCUAAAUUGUCAAAAUAAUAGUCACGUUUUAUCCACUUGACUGGUUGACACGUUAGCUCCGAGUCCCCCGAAACGACUUUAUCGCCCCCUGGUGGCCAUACUAGCGCUACACACUCACCGGAAGCGCGCGUUUCUUUGGAAACCAGGUGGUACAAACUUUCUUUCCUCGAUUUGGCGACAUUUAAAAUGAGCAAGGAUUAUUGUAAAUAUGACAUGGCGCGGCUGCGCACUGAACUUGAGCAGGAACGAGAAAUAAAAGACAUGUUGGAAGAGUCGGUACAGGACCUCCGGUGCACCAUGAGGGAACUUCAGGACAGACUUCAUAGUGUCGACGGGGAAGACAACGAGUGGAAGACCAGAUACGAAACUCAGACUGAGCUCAACGAACAGCUACAAAGGCAACUCGCUGUCGUUCACGAGAGACUGGAAGACCUGCGUGGGAACCCAGUCGAUCGACUGGCUUCUAUCCGAUCCUACGAUGACAUGCCUUCUGAGUCGCUGAGGCAUCACCUCAAGCUGCUCACUGACGAGAAGUCGGGUCUCAAGAGUCAACUGGCCGACUGUCGCGUCAGCAUUGAACAGGAGUCAAAGGCGUUCCAUAAAACCAACGAUGAGAGGCGAGCAUACCUCUCGGAAAUUGCCAAGUUGUCCUCCAUGGUGGACGCCCAAAGGAGGCAGUACUCCAUGCAGCCACGGAGGGCCACAGAAAGCAAACUGAGAGCAAAGCAGCCAAGCAGGAAGUCUGAGGCCGACGCUAAGAAGGGAAAAGCUGGAGAGCGUGACGCUGGAGGAUGUGUGAGAGGAGGAGGAGGAGGAGGAGGAGGUGGAAAAGGAGAGGUGAAGAAAUCCCACAUUGGAAGCAGGUUGCCCACCCUCAAGCAUCACAUGAAACACUGACUAAUGCAGCAUCUUCCUGAGGAACUAUCACACUUGAACCUAAAAAAAAAAAAAUCUUUCUACCACAUUCGUAUUACUUGAGUGAAGCCGCUUCCAACGCACAAGUCAUCACCCACGUAUGCCCACACACGUCCACAGAAAUCCAGUGUAACAUACGGAUUGUUGAGCAUUGGUCUUUUGUUGCUCGAUUGUGUCUUUCAGAUGUAAAAAGCGAUUAUUUUUCCAAGGUAAGAGGCAGGAAUAUUUGUUUAAUGUGCCAGUGAAUAUUUUCAUAUCGUCUGUCUACCUGUGUUGCUGCACCGUUUGUGUUUAAAUAUACGUAGGUUAAAGGAUUAUAACGCCACCACAUAGUUGCUAUUUGUUAGUCUCUCAAAGGUGUUUUGCAUUGUUUGUCAGUAUUAAAAUAGCAGACAUUUAAAGUUACGGGUUUGUUUUUAACAUACGUGUAUUUCUCUGUUCACCAAAAACAGUUUGGUCAAAGCAAAUCCAAUUUGGGUUAAAACUGGACCAAUCCGCUACUUGGGUCAUUUUGACCCAAUCUUCACUGGGUUGUUUUGUACAAAAUAAGCCAUUUUUUUAUUUAUUAUGAUUAUUUUGUACAAAAUGAUCCAAUUCUUUGCGUGGUUUAUUGCAAAGCAAAAUGAGGCAGUACUCCAUGCAGCCACAGAGGGCCACGGAGAGCGAAAUGAGGUCAGAAAGUUGGGUCAAAUUGACCCAAGGAGUGAAUCGGCCUAGUUUUGACCCAAAUUGGGUUAAUAUUGACCUCACUUCUUUUCAUAGACUGUUUGAUCUAUGUUUAGUUUAACUCCAACUGGGAGUGGAAAUAAAUGGCAUUAAGUGUCUUUUUUUUUU